GGUAGUACUGCUGGUAUCUUCUUCCUGCUGCUCCAGCCCAGCAUGCAGGCCAUGGAGCCUGCGGGCGGGUGAGACAGCCAGCAGGGCAGGCAUGUUCAGAGGCCGAGGACCUGGGGGCCUGGCAGCCCAGGGCAUGGCGGGACCCCUGCGAGGCCGGGUGGAGGAGCUGAAGCAGCCAUGGUGGCGGGAGAGCACGCCACUGGUGCUGAGGCACAGUGAGGCAGCCCGGCUGGCAGCUGAUGCUCUCCUGGAGCGAGGUGAGGCUGCCUACCUGCGGGUCAUCUCUGAGGAGCGGGAGCUGCCCUUCCUGAGCACCCUGGACAUGGACUACAUGACCAGCCAUGUGCAUGGGGGCCCAGAGCUUAGCGAGGCCCAGGGGCCUGAGGCCUCUGGGCCUGACCACCUCAGCCUGCUCUCUGAAGUCACCUCAGGCACUUACUUCCCCAUGGCCUCUGACGUAGACCCCCCAGACCUGGACCUGGGUUGGCCGGAGGUUCCACAGGCCACAGGCUUCAGCCCUACCCAGGCCGUGGUGCACUUCCAGAGGGACAAGGCCAAGAACAUCAAGGACCUGCUGCGUUUCCUCUUCAGCCAGGCUCGCACGGUGGUGGCUGUAGUGAUGGAUGUAUUCACCGACAUGGAGCUUCUGUGUGACCUGAUAGAGGCCUCAAGCCGGCGUGGUGUCCCUGUCUACCUGCUCCUGGCCCAGGAGCACCUAAAGCAUUUCCUGGAGAUGUGUUACAAGAUGGACCUCAACGGGGGGCACCUGCCGAACAUGCGUGUGCGGAGCACGUGUGGGGACACGUACUGCAGCAAGGCAGGCCGCCGCUUCACUGGGCAGGCCCUGGAGAAAUUUAUCCUCAUCGACUGUGAGCAGGUGGUGACAGGCAGCUACAGCUUCACCUGGCUUUGCAGCCAGGCCCACACUAGCAUGGUGCUGCAGCUGAGGGGCCGCAUUGUGCAAGACUUUGACCGGGAGUUCCGCUGUUUGUAUGCUGAGUCACGGCCUGUGGAGGGCUUCUGCGGUGGUGAGGAUGCACUGACUCCCCGGGUACCACCUCCUCCCACAGAUGCCCUGGUCUUCGGGCCUGACAUCCCAAACUCUACAUCUUCCUCACCCUCCAGUACCAGCCUCAGCAGCAUCAAGCGCUCACCUCUCAUGGGCCACUCCUCCUACCUCGCUCUACCAGGAGGUGGUGGCUGCAGUGAUAUGGGUAUGGGGUCCUCAUCCCCCAGCCCUGCCCGCCGUGAGGCCAGUGGCCAGCCCUCCCUGCAUCGCCAAUUGUCUGACCCUAACCGUGGCUCCCCUUCUGGGUUCUACAGGGCCAACCUGGGCAAACUAGGGGCACACCCAUGGUCCCAGUCCUCCCCUGCCCUCAACUACAAUGGCACCAGCUCCUUGACCCUGGCAGUGGGGUCACCUCUGCUUCCCCGCUCCCGGCCCCUCCUCCAUUUCCCCCGGGCUAUUCCAGUUCUGUCCCAGCUCCCAGAGAAUGGGCUCCCAGGAAGUCAGGAGCCUAGCCCCCCACGAGAUCGCCAGGUACCUGGUAAAGCCCUGGAGACAGUGGAGAAGAAGUCAUCGCUGAGUCAGAGCCAUGGCCAGCUAGAUCUCCUUGUGCCCUUCCCCAGAGCCCGAGAAGCAGGAGACCCCAACUCUAGGGUUUCCCCUAACUCCGGCUCCCUUCGGCCUGGUGAGCAGGCCCCAGAAGACAGAAGGUUGUUCCCAGGCCAGAGUGACAGCCAGUUGGAUCUCCUGCCCCAGGCUCAGAGUGCAGGGGUUGCCCCUGAGUCAGGUCCCUUUAGACCUGGUGAUCAGUCCCCAGAGGACAGGAGGCUGUCUCUAAACCAUAGCCAGGGCCAAGUGGACCUCCUGGUGCAGUACCCCAAGGUCCAGGGCUUCAGAGUAAUCCCUGAAGCCAACUCCUCAUCCAGGCAUCCAACCAAGCAGCAUCCAGAUGAGCGACGACAGACCCUGGGCCACAGCCAGCUUGAUCUCAUCACAAAGUUCGGCCCAUUUCGGGUGGAGGGGCCUGGGCCCAGUGGUCUCCCAGGACCAAGCCCUGCUCGUAUGGCUGCAGUGGGCUCUGGGGAGAAGCGGCUGACUCUGGGCCACAGCAAGCUGGAUCUCAUCACCAAGUAUCAUCAGUUGCAGGGUGCCAGGCAGGGACCUGAGCCUGGCCUCCUUGGGGGUCCUACAGGUGGCCAUCGCAAUGGUAAUAGCAAUGACCUGUUUAGGGAUGAGAAACGGCUGACCUUGGGCCACAGCAAACUGGACCUCAUAACUAAAUACAAUAAGUCCAAGUUCAAGUUGCUCCGAAGUCGCUUUGAGUCCUAGCC